GGAUGGGAAAACGGAUCAAGCCAAUAAAAGAACGAUUGCACGUGUUUGCGCCAUAUCUGCUUCAUUUGCUAUUAGCCGUUGCCGUUGCCGCUUAUGUUCUCCUGGGAGCAUUAGCAAUUCGACAGCUUGAAGCUAUUGCUAUAAAUCGAAAUUCGACGAUGCCUAUCAAAAAUGGUAACAUAUAUCGUGGUGAUGAUAAUCGAAUUAAAAUGAGUCCUACAGAUCAAAACAAAGAUGAUAAUUUUUUAUUAUUUAAUUAA